AAGAGUAAGAAUUACCACAUGGCAUUCGGCGGUGUCAAGGAAGGCUUCAAGAUGGGAGCCAAGGUCAGCGUGUGGACGGCCGGCUUCUUCUACAUCGAGGAUAUGUUUGAUCGCUACAGAGGCACGAAAGAUUUCAUCAACACCGUCAUAGCAAGCUUGUCGGUAGCUGGCGCGUUCAGCUUGUGGAAUCGAUUCCCUGUAACCACGGCUGCGAGAACGGCGAAGACUGGAUUGGCUAUCGGCGUGAUAUACGGGUUGGCACAAGAUGCUGUGGGGGCGGCGCGAGGAAGAAAACCAGGAUAUGUGGAUUUUAUUCAACGAACAGGACGCCGAACAGUCGAACUACCGCAAAGCGGAAGCUCAUGAAGACCAUGGAACGACAAGAAGGUUCUGUGCCUACAUUCCCCACCAACUCCUACCAACCAGCUCGAAGAAGGCUGAUGGUUCAAUGGUUGUCCUAAAUAUGUGGGGCGAUGGCGACCGGCUUCAAUCGGUUCAAGCUGAUAAGGCUCGACCCUGAGGCGAUGCGGGAAGACAACAUCAACAGCGCCCCUCAUUGACGUGAGGACUUCACGCCGAAGUAAUAAAGUUGCUUCUCAUUGAUAGUAAUAUCGAAAUUCAAUAUCAUCA